AUGAUAAUUUGUCUUUCAGCUUGGAGAGUGCUAAGUAGAGAAUGCUCUGAAGCAACAAAGCCCAGUAAGCAAUUGGGUGAAGUAACAAUCAACAUCCCUAUGUUUAUGGGCUAUCUUUCAGAAGAUGUUGCAUCCCAGCACCUCUCCCAUCUUUCAGAGUAUAAAUUCUAUCUCGCUUUGACACCAUUGGCCAGUGAACAUUCGGAUGUUCUCAUCUUCUUCCGUAGAUCUGGUUAUGCUCAUCUGCAAGCAGGUCAAUUGGAGGCAUGUCAGCACACCACAUCAUAAGAUAUAAGAUACAUUGCGGAAGGCUGGAGCGACACACUGGUUGCCUUUUCGAAGCAUGCUGAUUGCCAGCCUUAAGAAAAUAUGAGUGAACAAGAAAAUUUUUUGUUCAGAUUGGCGCAGUGUACAAAAUGUGUUGAAUUGGCUGCAGUUGCUAGUAGCCUUCUCUGUCUUUGCUUGGGUCCACCGAUAUUGGGUAUGGUUUGAACCAGUACAAGACACCCGUACAUGAUUUCUGGUACUUGCUCCUGAUCCAGCAGCUGAGUUUCAUCUAAGGCUAUUUCCAUUUGUUUUGGAAACAGCACUGCUAACAUUUUUCCUAACACAUCAAGAGAUACUGUAGGCGACAAGAUUGAACUUUUCAACCUCACCAUUUUAUUUUAUAAGGUCUUCCCCACUUGUCUUCAUCCUCCUCUUAAGCUUCCACAGAUUGUUUUAGCUGUUACACUUCCUCUCUUAUUGCCCUCACAAGAAUCGUUUUAGCAUCCUUAUGUUCUCGCUUCUGGGCUGCAUAAAUUAGGCAACUCUUGCUCUUUAGGCUAGUUGUCUGGAACAGAAGGCAAGCUUGACAAAGAACAGAGAUAUCCUCAUUCCAUCAGUACAAUGCCUUGUGCCAGUUGUUUUUAGAGGUCUUCAUCAUUAAUGUGUUAUCCCAGUCAUCAGUAAUAAGUUCCAUCAGUUGAAGAACCUUCUCUUCUAUUCUACUGUUCCCCAUAAUGCGACUUCCAAGGUCCAUGUCCAUCAUCAGGAUGAAGAAAUCUCUGUCAAAUGAUUGACGGUUCCACAUUGAUUGCAGCAGUUUGACCUUUUUCCUUAUGGCACACAAACAAAUAACCUGAUCACACUAGGAAUAUAAAUACUCACUUGCCAAUCAUUGGAAGAAGCAAGGUUUGGGCUCACCAGUUAAAUCAUCGUUUGAGGCAUUUACAUUUCUUGAGAACUUGGGGAUAGCCAAUGUUAAAGGGAAAAACAUAAAAUGUAACAAAUAUAUUUAAAGACAUUCACCUCUCCUACAAUGAUAAGAGGAUGAUGCCAUCACAGUUCCUGCACAACUCUAUUAAGUAUAAUUUAAAAUUCCUCUUGUGGAACGCUUGUUGGUGCAUAGACUCUACAGAUGUAGAUAUCUUUAACUUCAAUGCAGACAAAACCUUUUCUAGGAGUCUGCUGGGUGCUGGGUUUCCUAAAUGAAGUGAUUCAUUCUGAUCAAAUAACUACUCGACUGGUUCAACCACCAAACAGAAACAGCACCCUUCCACAUUUCUAUACUGCUCACACAGUACACAGUACUGAAAUAAUUGCAAAUAAUUAUCCUUCUCCCUGAUUGUUUGUUAGUAGAAAUCCCUAGGCAGCUUCAUAGUGAUUUAUUUUAAUGCACAUAAAUGCUGCUUCUGCUGCUCGCUGAUAGAUGAGGCAACCAUAGCCACCAGUCUCAUUUCUGCAACUCCACAAACUGUGUUUCUUUCUUCUGCACAUAAAAGACAGUACACUUCAAUGUUACCCUCUUUUGCUAGAUUACCUUCUUUACCUUUUGUUCUGUCAGGUCCUUUACAAUCCCAUGCAGAGUGUCCAUAGGUGAAACUUCGGAAACACCUUUUGAGAGAAAUUUUCUCCCUUAUUUGACUACUAAUUUAUCAAACUCAAAUGCUGCCUAUUUCAAUGGCUUUUCUCGCCAUACUCAUGGGUAGUACCACCAUUGCUGUGAGGAUGUGGUGGCUGAGCACAGUGGGGCGAGGAUCCCAGAGUGCCCAGUUCUGAACAUUGUGGAUUCAAUUCCUCACCUGGAUUGGUUAAUAUUUAUUUCUCAGCAGCCCUGGAAAAUGAAUCUUGACACUCCCAACUAUUUUUUUUAUUACUCCCUACCUCCCCAUUUGUGGUGUAUACAGGGUGGGUUGGGGAUGGAGGAGUGUUGUUCUACAGGAUCACCUAGACAUAUUCUAACUGAAGUGGAAAGAUUAAGAUUCAUUCCGUGGAUCUGCAGUGCAAUAAAUUUUAUCUUUUCCAGGCCAGAUUCGAGCAGGCUUCGCCAGAAUCAAAAAUGUUGAAGUUUUUAGGCUUUAACAAGUUCGACCAUCACUGCCUCUUGGCAUUCUCACUCUGGUAUCUAUGUGGCGUAACCUCCAGGUAGCUGUCAUGAUUUGGCAAACAGAACUACAAGCUCUACUUAACUAAUGAUUUGUCCCACCUCUUGCAGUGGUGGCAUCAGUACCACCACUGCUGUCUGUGUGCCACCUUAAGAUUCAAGAAAAGAUCUCACACCUGAAACAUCAAUAUUUUGUGCUCUACUGGUUUGAUUUUAAGAGCUUUGUUCACUUCUUCUUCGGCUGUAUUGAUCAAGAUUUUAUCAAAAUCUUUCAGUUCAAUAGCAAUAGAGUUUCUCUUGCUAGUGACCUCCACUUUAUAAAUAAUUUUCUCUGCUAUCGCAGUACAAAUUUGUUUGAUCUGUGUGAUGCUUUUCUAUCCAACACCAGAAGACUCCUAGUGUUGCACUUACGUAUUUUUAGAGCAUUUUUCCCUAUAUACUGGGGCUCAGGGUCGUUUUUUAUCAAGUGCAAGAUGUCCAUGUUCAAAGAUCCCUCCUUUGUCGUGAUCAUCAAUAUAUAAGGGAGUGCAAGUUGUGGCCACUUUCUGUGCCCUAUGGAUUUAUUUUUCAUCUCAGUCUUCAACAUCUACCACUGAUAACUGGAUUGAUUCCUUAAAGGGUCAUUUUUAGCUGGAGUAGAAUUAUCUGUUUUAUCAGGUCUGUUACACAUGUCUUUGGGCUUCCUUUUCCUUUUCUUUUCGAUCUUUUGGUGACGUGAUGUCGUUCCCCGAAAUUCGCUUUGGAGAAGUGCCAAGCUUUAUGAAGUCUGUGUUUGGUAAUAGUUCCCAACUGCUGAUCAAUCAUCAAUUUGUUUCAAGACAUAAAGCAUGUGUACUGAAAAUGUAUAUGUAUUAAUCUAAUUGUGUUGAUUAUGGUGUUUCGCAGCUAUAACUUAUUAACUAGUUUAAUAACUUUAUCUCCAAGCAAUGUCCACACUGCUUUUCUUCUUUCUUGAACCUCUUAGCUCAAAAACACGAAGUUGUGUGUAAAACUGAAAAUACAUGUUUACAGUAGGUUCAUGCCUGGGAUGUUAAUGCAACUUUUUCUACAAACUGGACUUACUGGCAGUGCCACUUUAUAUCUUUGAAUUUACUCAUAUUUCGGCUCUAAUGAUUUUCAAUAAAUGUUUAUGUGGCUCUAAUGAUUUUAAUGAAACUCGUUAUAUCAAUAUAAAAUCAAGUGAUCUAUAAUAUCAUGUGGAUAUUAUCCUCGUUGAAAUAUUCUGAUAAGGG